GGAUUCUACCUAUUCACCGACUUUCAAAUUAUGAUAGCCGGAGUUUAAUAGAGAUAUUCUAAAUUUUAAUAUUCGAUUUGUUUUCGCUGCUAAUUUUGAGUUGUUUGAAAGUGUUAGAAAAUUCAGCUCGAUCCAAUCAGCGGACCUGAUUAAUACACUAAGAGGUAUGCCGAUUCAUUGGACGGUUUGCUUGUGAGGAACGGGGGCCAAACAAAUUAAAGGUUGCACAGCGAGAUCUCGUGCUGAUUUUUUAAAAAAGAUUCGUAAUUUCCACCACUAGAAAACCGAGUUCUAUCCGGCAGAGAUGAAAAAAAGAAUAACAACUAGCCUUGUUUCAGAGAUUCACAGACAUAGCAGGCCGCAUGGGAUUUUCUUUAACUUUCACAAUCCCUUAAGUGUUGGAAGGUCAGCCAACUUCAAACUCCAGCAUUCGAAGAUGGAUUCGCUGAAUAGUAGUCGGUCGUCGAGUAUUUCCAAUGGAGAUGUCGACCUAAAAAGCUACAGCAGUAGCAGCAGCACAAGUUUGGAGCAGAAUUUCGAAAACCUUAGAAUUGCUUUGAACGGAAAAGAAGACGAGAAGAAAGAAGAAAUCGUAGGACCAACAGGAACUGUGAGAGGAUUUAAAAAUAUAAUCAAAGAUCGAAAGAAACAUCUUUCCAAAGCGGGAAGUAUGACAGCUUUGUCCGAGGCGAAUGAAGACUCCGAAUCCCGCAAAAUAAUAUUCUAUUCGACGUCAAUGGGAGGAAUACGCUCUACUAUUGCGAACUGUCAAAAUAUAAGAAAGAUAUUCCAAAAUCUUCGAUUAAAAGUUGAUGAAAGAGAUAUAUUUAUGCAUAAAGAAUACCAAGCUGAGCUAGACAACCGUGUAGGAAUGGAAGGAACUGCAGUGCCACAAGUUUUUGUCAAUGGACAUCUGCUAGGGGGAACAAAGGAAAUCACAGAACUCAACGAAUUAGGGCAGUUAAAAAGUCUACUGUCAGACUUUGAGAAGUUGAACGGUUCUGUGUGUGAGACGUGUGGAGGUUACGAGUACGUCAACUGCACUUCAUGUAAAGGUAGCAAAACCUCAAGAAAGACGCGAAUCUCGCGGGAAAUUAGCGUAUUGAAGUGUACAGUGUGUAACGAAAAUGGACUCCAACGAUGCCCUACUUGCACUGGGAAUUCAGAGCAGGAUUUACAGAAGCCCGAGUGAACGCGAGCAAUUACUGAAUCUACUCAUAAGCCUGGCAUUGUAGGACUUUGUACAGAAAUGAAUUGAUAUGAAGGAAGAAAUGUUUAUCAUAAACAUUAAUGCUUUAGAGUGGUAUUCAUAAACCCGUGAAUUACACAUAAGCCUAAUACAAAUUAGUUGACUAUUAUUCCAUUGCUUUGUUGUCAUUUCACUAUUACCCAUUAACUAAGUAAUGGUAUUUGUUUCACGGGCUUAUGAAAAUUACUCUAGUACUUAAUAGAUUAUUUUCUUCUAUAUUUGGCUGUAUAUAUAUUUAUAUUUUACACAUAUUUAAUAACUGUUGUAUGGAUCUUACGAUUAGCGCAAGAAUGCUAUGUUAAGUAUUUAUCUAUGAUCUAAACCAAAAGAUAAACUAUAGUAUAUGCUUCGCCCUUCUUGUACUAACGCGUGGCUUUGCAAACGACCUAAGAAUGCAUUUGUAGUUUCGUAUCUUGCUGCAUUGUCUCAUGUUGUUAGAGGCAAUUGAAGUUUGUACUUCUGAGCACAAUAUUUGAUGCGUAUACGGAAGUGUGCGCGUAUUUGCGUGCGAAAACGUUUGCGGUAAAGUGUAAUAUAUUAGCCCAGAUUUUUUCUAUCAGUUUCAGUUUAUAUAAUGAAUAAAGACACUUCAAGACAGGUAAUAAACUAUUAAACUUUAUUUCAA